AUACUUGAGCUUUAGAACCAAUAUGCAUCCGGCAGGGGGCGCCACCACCACCUACUAAGUCUCACCGGGACGGGACGCGACACGACGCCCGCAGGAAUAGCACAACAAAAGCCGGCAGCAGGGUACCUCCUCCAGGCCGGAUCCUGCCCAGCAGGCUCGCUUGCCUGCGCCGCCCGACUACUGUCGGCGCAUUCCGGUCGAGCAGGUCGGGCCGGUCGCGCGGAGAAGAUUGGCAGACACGGAGCGAACGUUCAGCGUGUGCCUGUCGCGUUAUCACCGCAGCGCAGAAAAGCAAAAGGCACGGAGCAGUAACUUACCAACCUGCCUGCCAGCUAACGAGCCAGUCAGCUCCGGACUAAAGAGAAGCUGUUGCCCCUCCUGCUGACAUGACGCCAGAGACGAGUUGCCAUAGAGAUGAGUGCCACAGUGCACAGAGUUAAUUCCCAGGCAGGCACUUUAUGUGUUGCCUGGGACCCUGAAUGGCGACAAAAGUGGAUAAGAGUGCCAGCCCUGGUGUGGCUGCUCUCACUGAUCCAUGGGAUAAUGAAGCAAAGGUACAACGAGGACCGGUCAGCCCUCUGACCGACUCUAGCAACAAGUCGUCCGAGCCAACUCCAGCACUGAUCCUGCAAGAAGAAGGUGGCAAAAUGCUCAGUGGUAGCAAAGACAAGCCCACUCCUGCUCCCAAACCCAGGCUUACCCCAAAACCCUUCACUGCUGAAAAGCCCUUGGGUAUGAGGCCCAUCCUUGCUGCAAAGCCACUUGGUGAUGGGAGCAAAAUAGAGUAUUCUAAGAAUUCAAGCUUUGGAUCCAAGCAUUUUCUAGAACAAGAUUCUCCAUGCAGUGAUGUUCUGCAGGAAGAGUCUCAGAAAGUGACUAUUCGUGAAUCUGGUGGAAUACCAUUGGCCCAGGCUUUGGACAUAAAAACUCACAAGUCCCGAGACUACUUGUCUUGCAGGCCAGGGAACCAGAAAGAGAACCAGGGAGAAGAAACCCCCUCCAUCACUCCACUUCACCGGACCAAAUCCAUAGACUACCUCAGCAGACAAGAGACAAGAGAAACAGACUUGUUUGUCAUCCCUAGUGGGGAAGCUCUACCACACCUACGCUCAAGACCGAGACCAAGACCAAUGUCCACGCUUUUUGCAAGCUCUGGAUCUAGUUCAUUACUGUCUUCUGCUGAAACUUUGGAUUCGAUAGAAAAGCCCCCAUUUCGAACUCCAAGGCCUCUUUCAGCAGACCUGACAGCCAAAUUUGAAUCUAGUAUCCUCUCCAUUCCAGCAGGUAGCAAAAUGCCCCAAGACGAAGUCAAAGAAAAUGUGCCAACUCCACAAAAAAAGCCUUUGGAUUUCAACCAAAAAGUAGGGGAAGAAAAAGAAAAGAGAGGGUGGCGGAGAAGCCUACACUCUAAAGUAUCAACAGAAGAAUUGGACAAGGUGUCUGAUUAUAGAAAUGUGGCAUGCAAACAAGAGGUGAAGUUGGCACAGUGGUUAACAGAAGAGAAAACACUUAAAGAUGAGAAACCUGAUAUUGGCCAAAGGAUUGGAGAGGGCUUUCAAAAGCCUCUUGAGGAGACUGAAGUGAGGUCCCUGUGUGCCAAGAACAAGACCUUAGGGAUGGACAUUCCUUCCCCUGCUUCUGAGAUGGAGUCAAAGAUGCCCACAUAUGGAAGCAGCAUCAAGCGACGUAUUAGCCUGUUGCUGGACUCCAGUUCAAGUGGUUGUGGUUCCAGUGUCAUUGAACGAGAGACUUCAUUGGUUGCCUCUGCCAGCCCGUCAGAAAACAUUGGUGUGAGAAUUAGGCAACGCAUUAGGGAACUGAAUGCUGAACCAGCAGAAAUCCAAGUGGAUCUCCAGAAAAGGUCACUGCCUGCUCGACAACCGUCUUCUGACUUCACAAAGAGCAUGUCGAAAUCUUUGGAGAGAGAGCAGACAGCUAGUCCUUCAGAAGGCUCCAUCACAGUGGAGGAUGAUUCCAGGCAGCGAUGGUGGCACCAACAACAGGCAAAGGGGGAUUUGUUGGCAAGAAGAAAUGAGGGUCAGCUGUAUAAGGGGCAGCAAACUCUUUACAGGGAGGAACAGGGUGUUACUGAAAAGCUCACAUCUGGAAGAGGGGCUCAGAGGAGCAGCUUCCGCAGGAAGAGUGCACCCCUUAGCAAAGUCUCAGACCUGCAGGCAGUCAGUGAAGCAAAGCAGGACAAUGAGAGUGCGGGUCACUCCCCUGUCCUGAAGGUUAGAGCUUCCAUGUUCGACAAUCCAGUUCAGAGGCAUAUGUUAUUGGAGACUUGCAUGACGCAAGGCUUGUCAGAUGCUCAUGAGAGAAAAAUGGAUCAGAAACAGUGGUCUUCUCUCAAACAUUAUAGGGAAGCCAAUGAGCAGAACCAAGACAACCAACAAAAGCAGAUCACUGUUGCUGAAGAGGAUAAACAUAAAGCUGUGUCGGGCACAAGCUCAGCAGAAGAUGCAUUCUAUCCUGAUGCCUGCAGAGAUUUCUGCCAAAGGCAUGUGGAUGCACCAGUGAAGGUCGAUCACAUCGUUGAUACCAUUCAAGCAGUGACUGAGAAGGCAUAUAGUGAGCUUGUUCCUGUAGCUGUUGAAGACAAGGCAGUUACACUGCGCUCAAGGAAAUUGAUGGACAAGAACAGCAAAACCUUCCCAGAUGGUGAAUUUACUCUGCAUGAUAGACAGGAGCCCAAAAAGCAGAUAUGGUCAAAGGAGCAACAUGAGAUUUCAGAGGAGAAAAAAAAUCACAAGAAGGAAAUUCUGAAGCGUUCUCAAUCCGCUAAGGCAGUGAGAAGUUUUCUAACAUCUGAUACAGGUAUUAAUGGAGCAUGGCUGGAACCACAAACUGUUGAAAGAUUAAAAGUGAAACCUGAUGUACAGUUCAUAGAUAAGGCUUCAGAAAAGGUGUCAUCUCCACUUCUGAAUAGUGAAGAGAAGCACAAAGAAGAUAUCUUGAAAGUCAAGGUGGAACCAAAAUACUUAAGUGUAGGAUCGCUGAAGAAGUGGAGAGACCAAGUGGAAGAAAAUGAUGGAGCCCCUAAUGAAGUGCUGAAUAUUUCCCUGAAGACGAAGUCAGAUAUGACUAAGGGUAGCUCUUGUACAAAGGAUUGUCUGUCAUUCACCGCACAGCUUACUCAAAAUGAUGAUGGCCGUAGUCCCAGAAAUGAAGAGGGAACAUGUAGAGUUCUUCCUAAUUCAAAGACACUUCCAGAGAUGUCUCUGGGAUCAAGGAGUUCAAGCAACUCCAUUGAAAGUAAGCCAGAGCCUGAUACCAGAAGCAGACGAUUUAGUAGAAAAGGUGUAAAAAAUCAGAACACAGAAGACACCUGCUUAUACAAUGAACAACUUAGCAAAUCAAGGAUCUGUGAUACAGAGGAAAGUGCCGUGUCCAAAGGCUCAAGUUCUCAUGAUGUGCAGGAUUCUGCAGCUUUAAAACAUGCAAGGUGUCUGGAAUCUACAGGUGGGACAAAUUUGCAGAACAUAGGACCUUAUGGUGAAGGGGUACCUAGUUACCUUAAAGGUUCAAGGCCAGCUGAGUUGGAAGAUAAAGCAUACCCCAAAGCCUCAAGGGCUUCCUGGUUAAGAGAUGCACCAUCUUUUACAAUUGAAAGGACUCCAGAGGUUGAAGACAUUUCAUUUUCCACAGGUUCUACAUUGCCUGAGGUGGAAAAUAUAUUGUAUUCCAAAGGUUCAUUGACUCCAGAGGUGGAGAGUGUAUUGUAUUCCAAAGGUGCUGGAACGUCAGAGGUAGGAAAUAUGUCAUAUUCCAAAGGAACCAGAAAUAAAGAACUGGAUAAUGCUGCAUAUGCCAAAAGUCUGAGGACCUCUGAGAUAGAGAAUACAUAUUCUAGACGUCCAAGAAUUCUGCAGGUGAAGGAUCUAUUUUACCCUAAGGACUUGUCUACUUCUCAGGAGGUGGACAUUGUGUAUGCAAAAGGUUCAAGGAAUUCUGAGGUAGGGGAUGUCAAGUCUUCAGAAAACUCUAAAGGUUUUGUGGUACAGGAUGCUUCCUAUUCUAGUAGCCCAGGUGCUCAGAAUGUGGAGACUCUUGUCUGCCAUGAAAUGACGAAAACUACUGAUGUGAAGAAUUUACAUAUGAAAAAACAAGAGGCAAAUUCUUCAGAGGAUUCUGCUUUUUUGCUUCAGGGCAUGACGUCUAGCCUCGAGGAUACCAUAUCUUGUAAACAAUCUGAAAGUGAUGGCCAAGAUGCCUCGGGUCCAAAUUUUAAGGAGCAGAUGAAGAGAAGAGACUCUGAGCACAAGGUUACUUAUUUUGCCCUGACUGGCCACAUAUCUGACAGUCCAGCAGAGACUCCCACUUCUAAUUUUGUUACACCUCUCCCCUCAAGUUCCGACUCUCAGGCGUUGGAUAAGACAAAGCGUUUUGAUGACCUUUCUAUGAGACUCGUAGAAAGAAAAGGAAGUUCUGUCAGCCAUUUAUAUAAUCUCAAGAGGAAUCCCUCACUAGAUGCUGCCUUCAGGAAAAACAAAGGCCACAUUUUAACAGACCGCGACUCUUCCAAGGGCCAAAGAAGUUCAAAGAACACUGAGGAGCAAAGUAAAGAGGAGAUGCCUGAAGCUCAAAUGAGAUCAAAAACCUUCAAUGUAGAUGACUUCCGUUUGGAUUAUACCAAUGAAUAUGAUUCUUCACACCAAGCCCAAUCAGAAGCAUUGGGAACUAAGAGCAGCAGCAACAGAGAGGGUUUGGAUUCACUUAUCCAAUGGAACACCCCUGGUGGCCUACUUGAGAGAGACUGUAAGUCGAGCAUAUUGGACUUAGAUGCUAUUACUGUAGAUUACAAAGAAAUGUCUAAAGUGGCUGAUGGGCUAUCUCUUCGGCCCGAAGUAAGGAGGCCUAGAAGCUCUCCACAGACUGAUGACCUUGAGACUCCACAGGGUUCUUCAUUCAAAAGCUCUUCCUGUGCAGGUGCCAUAGAUAGUGUGGGGAGUGAGGUGAUGCAGCGGGAUUCUUCCAGCCAAAAGAACAGGAAGAUUCCCGAAAGGAACAAAGGGAGCUUUCGCUGGAGAGAACGCACUAAUCCCAUUAUUGAGUUACCUACUCAGGAACCCAACAGUUCAAACGCUAGCAUUAAGCUGAUCACAGCAGAGGUUUCAGGAGCUGGCUCGGUAGAUGGAGGUCUUGGGAAUGACUCUGGUCUUCAGAUGAACGAGGGCAUCAUUCUGCACCUAACACCUGUUGAGGGAGAGGGUGCAAAUCGAAGUAGAAGGUCUAAAGAGCUUACUCAUGAAAAACAUGGUUCUGAGAGGGUCAAAUCAAGAAGCUUUAGGAACAGUGAGAGCCCUUCUUCCAACUCGGGAGGAUCCAGCGUAGCUGCAGAAUUGCAGUCCCUGCAGCGUGCUGAAUGGAGUGUAGGACUUGACCACACAAAGCAGAACACCCCAUCUGAGAAUGUCAGGAGUCGCCCACGUCCUCUUCGCAAGGACUUUGUGCGGGGGCGCUCAAGCAGCACAUCACGGGAGUCCACCGCCUCAAAAGCAUCAGCAGAGGUAUCUUCCAUGCGAGUACGGAGCCGAAGCACUCAUAGGAACUGGAGUGGCAAUAGUUCUACGGAGCAGCUGAGGCAGUGCAUUUCCAAGCAGGGCCCAGAGCACAAAGACACAGACACGCUCGUGCAGGAAACCGAAAGUCAGUAUGGAACGUGGGACACUGGCCUGCACAGUGAGGAGAGCCUCACUCCAGUCUCGCCGACCACCAGUAGCAGCGCCAGCACAUCUCAACAGAAACAGGUUUUGCACAACACUCCUUCCUCAGCCUCCUCACAGACCGAUUGGAUCUUGGACCCGGGGAAGGAAACCAACAUACCAGCGCCUCACAGCCCCAGUCUGGACCACGAUUUGGUUGAUGGGCCAGAUCCAGCACUCGUCCUGUCUCCUGGCAUGCAGGCGGACGUCACAGAACUGUCCUUCCCUGAAAGAGUUGUGUCUCUCCUUGACUCCAGUGCCCAGAAGAACCGUGCUCAGCUCAGUAAGAAAAGGAGCCGCCGUACUCUACCUUCCCGCUCGGUGAGGCGCAGUGGGGUUCCAGCAGGUGCAGAUCGCUUGUCCAUCCUCCCAGAGCAGGGCAGUGACAACUGGAUGUUCAAGGACUCAACAGAGGAGAAGGUCACAACAGAGAAACUGACAGACUCUGAGGAUGAAGAGCAACCAAGGCAGGUGGAACGGUCACCCCACUCACACUCCCAGCGUGUCCCUGUUUUUCCAGUAAUGGACCCUUCGUCUCUCAAGGUGCCACUGAGAAAGAGGCCAGACUCAGAUGGUUCAAGUGACAGCCCUGCUUCAUCCCAUCUCGCCAGGUCCCCCAAAUCGCACUUUUCCCAUGGGGCUCGAGUUCUGCCACCAGCUGGCGGGGAUGUCGGGUCUGCAGAACAAUCUCCACAGUGGCUUAAGGAGCUGAAAAGCAAAUCAAGGCUGAGUCAGUACGAGAGUAACUCGUGAGGUUCAGGACUGUGCUGGAGGGAGAUGAGGAGGAGGUGGAUGCUGUAUGGAAGCCUUAAUCUUUGCCCCAGACAUGUUUACCAAGCCUUGGCUGCUAUGUGCGUGGUGCCUUCAGGAGCACAUGGCUGGCUGCUGGAGCGGCCAUGUGUGCCCAGCGUAAUCAAUCUCCAGAUGUACUAUUUUGCUAGUUAGUUUAUGGCCACUUUAUGCACUUCUCAGCAGGGUGGGAUUUUUUUUUUUUCUUCUUUAAUUUUUCCAGAAGGGCAGGGUCCUGAUCGUGUUCCCCACUCCCGUGACCCUUUCCUCUUCCAGGGAAUCCUCGCUGCUGAAUGUGUCUAGUCUGGACAGCCGCUCGUUAGUGAGGAGCCUCCUUUUUUUUUUUUUUUAACUUUUAUUUUAUGUGAAUGCUUGGCACAGAACAAAAGACAAACUCUAAUGAUCAAAAAGCACUGGCUGCCUGCAACGAAGAGGUGGACCCCACGCUGGUUGUGCUCCAUGUUGGUUGUUUUUGGGGGUGGCAUUUACCCUUUGAAAUCCUUAUGGAAAGAAGGACCUGACAAGCAAUAAUGACUGAUGACUGAGCACCCCCUGCCCGUCACCAUGAGGCAAACGCAGUCUGACAGCCAAAUGCCCAACCACUUGCUUAGAAAAAGGGGAGCUAGCAUACAGGCGGGCGCCUCACAAAUGCCACCUUAUACCAGCCUGAUUUAUGCGUGUCUGCCCAUUUGCAGUUCAACAUCCAAGUAAAGGGCCAUUGGAUUCUGGUUGGGUAAGCGUGGCCUCACUUAAGUGUUUGGGGGAGUCUUUGCCAUCUCUGCCCUGCUGGUUUGGGAUAAUGCACUUCACUUCUUGAACCUGUGGCCGGAUGGCUUUGGCAAGAAAGCAUCUGACAAGUAAAAAAAAAAAAAAAGUUCUGGAACGCUGUCUGUCUCUCUCUCUCUCUUUCUUUUUUUUUUUAAUCAUGUUAUCUUUUAUGUCUUUAUUUUUUUGCUUAUUCAUUUUUGUUCCUUUUGGUUUUGAGUUUUUUUUUUUAAUGUUUUUAUUUGGAAGUGGUGAUUCACACGCCACUGUCUUCAAAAUGCCACACUUCUAUCAGAUUUUUCUUAAUAAAUUUUAAAUCAUGUGAAA